GGGGCGGACAUGGCUCCCAACGUGCAGGCCGAGGAACGACCCCGCGACCUUCGCCAGGGCCUCCGGGCCGUGCUCCUCGGCCCGCCCGGGGCCGGAAAGGGCACACAGGCUCCCAAACUUGCUGAGAAUUACUGUGUGUGCCACCUGGCAACCGGGGACAUGCUGAGGGCCAUGGUGGCCUCCGGUUCCGAGCUGGGCAAGAGACUGAAGGCGACAAUGGACGCUGGGAAGCUGGUGAGUGACGAGAUGGUGGUGGAACUGAUUGAGAAAAACUUAGACACUCCUGCUUGCAAGAACGGCUUCCUUUUGGACGGCUUCCCGAGAACUGUGAAACAGGCGGAAAUGUUGGAUGACCUCAUGGAGAAGAGGAAAGAAAAGCUGGAUUCCGUGAUCGAGUUCAGCAUUGCAGAUUCCCUGCUGAUCCGCAGAAUCACUGGAAGACUGAUCCACCCAGCAAGCGGCCGCUCCUACCAUGAGGAAUUCAAUCCACCCAAGGAGCACUUGAAGGAUGAUAUCACCGGCGAACCCCUGAUCCGGCGUUCGGAUGACAACGAGGUGGCUUUGAGAACGCGCUUGAAGGCAUACCACACCCAGACCGUCCCCCUGGUGAACUACUACAGCAAAAGGGGGAUCCACUCGGUCGUGGAUGCCUCCCAGUCUCCUGACGUGGUGUUCGCCAGCAUCCUGGCCGCCUUCUCAAAAGCGACAUCCCAGUGAUUCUACAGGCCAUUCAAGACCACGCCAUUUGCCUACCGGCCUCGAUGGAAUUCCGUAUUUUAAUGCCGGUCAAGGGGGAGGGGGAAUUGGGGUAAGAAGGUUGGGGACUGGGAGGGGGACUUGAGGUGGGACAAAUGAGUAUUUGGGGAGGAGGCAAUGCGUGGGUGUGUCCUUCAUUUGGAAGGGAAUUUUCUAAAAAAAUAUAUAUAUAAUCAUGGGGAAGAAAGAUAAAUAAAAAGAAAGAAUCAGGGCCAGGGAGGAGAGAGAAGAGGUGGCAAGUGGUAUCCACAAACCCCCUGGGGAAACGUGUUCCCAGUCAGUCUGGACCCGCUGAUUGCAACGGACAAGUCAAAGGCACAAGACCUCAGCUGUUAUUUAAAAACCUAGUAGAUUGCCUGUCUGAAGCCCCGGGCUGGGUUUGGUGGUUGAGUUUAAUUCCCACAUAAUGUGACUAAACAAUAAGUCCUGCAUUUGGAAGGAUGUGGGAAGUGGGCUUACCCAGUGGGGUUGGCCAGGGAUUAGUUUGAAACUAACGCCUAAGGGUGAGGGUAGAACAGAUCAUUCCAUGUUUUUGUUUUUUUUCUUUCCCCUCCCACCCACCUCAGAAUUAGUUAAUUCCGCUGGUCUGGUGGGGAGGAACCAUUAGCAAUUAUGGACUAGCAGUGGGGAUCCUGUAUGCUGCUGUUUGUAAGGGAUUGCUUUUUAACCAUUGAAAGCCUCAUCCAUCCAAAUUCUUUGAGGCUUCCCCCAACCCACAUGGCUGUCUGCAGUGACAGCCGGAUGUGUGUGUAUAUGUGUGUGUACAUGCAGGUGUGUAUGUGUUUAACCCGGUGCCUUUUUUAAUUGACCAAAUAACUGCCUCUUUGGCCUCUGAAGCAAUAAAAUGUAUUCAAAGUUUGCA